AUGAUCGUGCCGGCCCCGUGGAACGCAGACACGUCGCGUGACUUCCCGCCGGCGCCGGCUGGGACAUUCGACGACCUCUUCUGGGGCGUUGUGCGCACUUACACGGGUCACUCGUGCGAGAGCCUGCGCCUGCUGCGCGAGGGGGGCGUGGCGCUGAGCAGAAGCCUCCAGGCCGGGUCGGCGUGCCUGCACGACGCCGUCCGCCCGGUUGUGCCUCCGCAGCUCCUUAAGCCGGGGGCGAUGCCCGUGAUGGCCCCAUUGGAGGAACUUCCCGAUAUUGACUGCUGUGAGGACGCCACGGCCAUCACAAAGCUGAGGGCGCACUGCUUGCGGUACGGCGAGAGCGUUGCGCGGUUGCUGGAAAUUGCAAAGGAGUAUGCCGGGAAGUGGGGUCGCCUGCGGGAGAGUGAGCGAAAACGCCUGAGUGCCGCAAUUGCACGUGAGCGAGCCUCACGAAUGCGGGAGGAUGAACUGCGUGAGUGCUUCACAGAUCUGAUUCUUUCAGGGAAGGGACUGCGCCAGGUGACGGAAGACGUGACCCGUUUUUCAAACCUUACGACGCUGGUGCUGAGCAACAACCCGCAGCUGUCGGCUAUCCCCUACUUGCCGCCUGCCUGUUUGGUGCUUGUGGCUUGUGGCUGCUCCAUUCGGGACGUGUGUGCCUCCCGCACCCUGACCGUUCUGGGCCUCUCCUACAACGUGGUGGAGCGGCUGGACUUCCUGGAGGGUCUGCCAGAGUUGCGUAUGCUGGACCUCACCCGCAAUGCUGUUUUUUGCAUUGAGGCGGCCGUGCGGGCGCUGCAGCAGCAUCCGCUGCUGGAGGACGUCACAUUUACCGGCUGCCCCAUCGCCUUGCUGGACGACUACGUCGAGACCGUCGUCGCUGGGUGCCCACGGCUGCGUCUGCUGGACCACGCCGCGACCGACGGGCUCGCAAAGCCUCAGUCCGAGGUGAAGAAGACGGCGUCUGCCGUUGUGCUGCACGUGGAGGUGGCGAAGCUGGAGGGCCUCUCCGCGCUCACGCACACCCCCGUUGUGCGUGAGGAGAGUCCCUCCGCAACCCGCGCGGAGGCAAAGAUUCCAAAGGGCAAGAAAAAGGCCAAGACCGCUCCCCAGGGUCCCUUGUACGAGUGCGCCACAAGCAUCAGUCUUCAAGGUUCGUGGGGCGGCCAGGGCGAUGUCGACGGCUGCGGCGGCGAUGAUGAUGAUCUGGCUGCUGGCGGUGGUAGUACCACGGGUGCGGUCCUUGUAACUUGCGACAACAUUCGUUUAGAGGCGGAGGCGUUGGCGGCGUCGCAGCACAACCCCAACCCAAGGAAGUCGUGCGCCGCGGCAUUGCAUCUCGAGAAUGUGCGUGUCUUGAACCACACGGUAACGGCAAGUUUGACGCCCACAGCGGGGCUCUCACGGUCUCUUGCAAAGCCAUUUCUUCUUGCCUUACAUAUCCAUGACAAAAUUAGCUUCCCUAGUGGCAACAGCUUCACGUUGAAAUCCGAAAUUGGGUGCUUCCAUGCCGAUGCUUCGAGUAUUCUUUUGAGCACCGCCCCUCUGCCGCGCCGCGUCACCGUACGUGAGCCCCUCGUCCUUAGCAAGGCCGCAUUGGAGGAAAAGCGGCUCAAUGCGCAAAGAUACCGUGACGCCGCAGCUGCCGGGCGUGAGAGCCUGGUGAUGUUUACGCAAUCUUCCGUGGCAGUUUCCGGGCCCCCCACGCCCGCCGCAGGCGCCUCCGCGAGGAGGCGCAAGAAGUCCGUCGCAGUGCCUGCUCAGGGAGGCGCAUCCGAGCAGUUUUUGGCAGAGACGAGGAGGCGAGAGGUGGAAGUGUGGGAGCUGAACCUCCUUGCAAGCAUCGAGGAGAGACGCAUGGAGGAAAUACAGCGAUUGGCGCUCGUGGCGACGGUGGAGUUUUCACUGGGGACGGCACCGAAUGUGGAGGAGGUGAAUCUCCCGACUGCAGGGCGUGCCAAGGGCGCUCGCCGUGGGCAGGGCGAAAAAGUGAGGCGGUGA